UCAUUGACAGUUUCUGUGGCAUUGAUAGUAACAAGGCGAAUGACAAUCCAUAGUUGAAAUUAACAUUGCUUUUGGAACUAAAACCCUUCGUGAUCCAGCCUACCACCAUGUUAAAUGAAUGCCAUCAUACAUUCUGCAUGUAGUUGGCAACGAAUUAUACGCAAGGGAACUGAAGUGAAGCAAGUCACUGCUCUUAGAGAAACGCCACCCAAGCCAAGCACGCAAAUUGCUUUCAGUCCCACAACGUCAUCACUUCAUAUUUACAACGCAGCAGCCAAAAAAUAUCACGAGCCGAACCAAUCCAAUUUCGCAACUAGCAUCCUUUUCUCUUCUAGAGUCUCGGCGAUAUUUCAGCCGGCUUGGUAAUCCGAAUGUUCCAAAUAUCUUGAACAAUGCCAAGAAGCAACUUGCUUACGCGCUAAUUAAGGCCUGCCAACCAUCAGAGGCCGUUACCGAACCAAUGAAUUCGAUCGGGACUGUGAGGUCGGAAUCUAAGGCGGAACAUGACUUGUACAAGGGGCGCAAUUUGCUUGUGCUUGAUAACGACCACGGAGAGUAGAAAAUCCUCAGUGAGAAACCAUGCUGAUCCAUAUAUAGGUAUAUAUGGACUCCCCGUCCUUCACUAUGCUCGUCUGAAGUACUUUCGUUUGGAUUCAUUAUGGCUACCUUCACUGACUUCAUUCGAGACACGCCUUUCGGGCCAAUAGUGCGCUGGGUCUCAGGUGCUCGAUUGUUCAGAUACCCUGAGGAACAUCCAGAUUUCUUGCUAUUGCAUCCGUAUAUCAAAGCUGCUGAAGAAGGUGGCCUGUCAUCUGAAAAUGUUUCGGAAUCAGAUUCUCCAACUGAGAAUAACAAGACGAGCAAUCCAUCGACCCAAGCACCAGACAAGUAUACCUUGGUUUCCUGGUACUUCAACGACGAUCCCGCCAAUCCAUCAAACUGGUCUCUUGGAAAGAAAGCCUGA